AUGCUUCUGAUGGAUGCAGCCGCCAGUUCUGAUCUACAAGACUAUUCGGCUUCCUGUGUGGUUGAAUUCAAGCUACCUGCUACUCAAAAUACCAAGAAAGGACCGCAGACCUUCCAGAAAAAGCUCCGCAAUGCCCUUCAGGAAUUGGUGACACUCAUUCGGCAUCACUACCCUAAUAUUCUGGGAAAGGCAUACAUCAUCAAUCCUCGCGACGAAUACCUCGCAUCUCUUGAUAUCCAUGAAUCUAUGUUGAGAGAUACAGUACUGUUAGAGAAUCCAAAGGACCUUAAUCGAUACCUUGGCUCAAAAGUUCCGCCUCGAUAUGGGGGUACUGGGGAAUCGUUUGCGGAAUGCGAUUAUCUCCACAGAGACUGCCUUGCCAGGGAUCCACAAGGGAACACCGAUCUCGAGACGCCAGAGAUCAGUGCAGCAGCAGCUUCCACUGUAAAUAGCGGCACCUGUCCUGAAGGCUUGGAACCAGAGGAGCAAAAGCUUCGCUUGAUUUACUCGGAAAUAAUCGGGCCUCCGUCUAUCAUACUGGACCCUGGCGACUUGCAAACAGCAACCAAACUUUGUUCCGACAAAAUGGGCGCGCGCGUUGUUUUCGCAGAUUCAGAGACGGUUGCGAAAUUCGGCCAUGGUGUUCGUUUAGCCGAAGCCGAAGCCAUGCACUUGGCAUCCACCCGUACCACCAUAGCAACACCAAGGCUCCUCAGUGCAUAUAUCCUUGACGAUGUUGGAUACAUCGUAAUGUCAUACGAACGGGGCGAGUCACUCGAACGGUACUGGGAUCGUGUUUCGGAGCCAGAGCAAAAUCGCGUACUGGAGCAGUUACGGGACUACGUGAACCAAAUGCGGGAGAUUCCAGGGGAUUUCAUCGGUGCACUUGACAGAUCGUCCUGUCGAGACGGCAUCUUCGAGGCCGGCUACGGCGAUUACACCAGCUACAGCUACGGACCGUACCCAUCUGAGGAAAGCUUUAACGAAGGAAUCGUUCAAGCUUUGAGAGAUCGAAUGCGCCCGAAAGUUCUCGAGCGUGAAAAUGAUAUCGAAUCGCACUUUUUCAACGGCGAGUACAUGCUGUAUCAGACGGUCCGUGGUCUCAAAAACCACAAGAUCGUAUUUACACACGGGGAUUUACAUCCGGGGAAUAUCAUUGUUCGGGCUGAUGGCACUGUUGUUCUGUUGGACUGGGGCCUAGCGGGAUUUUGGCCGGAGUAUUGGGAGCUCUACCGUGCCCUGUUUAAUAUACCCUGGAGAGCCUCGUGGGAUGGCAUGGUAGAGAAGUUCAUUCCGCCUUUUUAUGUUGAGCACAGCGUGAUCAAAAGGGUAUUCGGGACUGUAUGGAACUAA